UGUCUACAUCACACCAAUUAUCAAAAUCAUAACAUUUAUUCUGGUAACAUGUCUACAAUAUUACAGUCGUGCCAAUGGACUGAUCCGAUCGUUUGUCUUAUUUUUGUUUUGGCUAAUGAUGUCUGUGACCGGUAUUAUCACUUAUCGGUCAUUAUUUUUGAUGACCCACACAUCGGAACCAUACGAUGGACUGGUCGAUGAUUUUAGAUUUGGCACUAAACUGGCAUUCAUUCCCAUUGUUUUUCUACAGUUGCUGUUAUCGUGUAUUACCGACUUUAAGUCAUACUCUUUUAAGAAAUCUAAAAAUGAAAGCCCUGAGCCAAUGGCACCGGUAUUAUCUGUAUUAACCUUCUGGUGGGCCAAUGCUCUCAUAUUGAUUGGCUAUAAGAGACCGCUUACUAAACAAGAUCUAUGGAAACUAAGCCACGAAAACAUAACAAAACAUAAUUCAGAUCUGUUUACCAAUAAUUUAAAACCAAAUGCCAAACAAUUAACGGGAAAUACCUAUAACGGUAUCCUAUGGGCGCUAAUGAAAACCUAUUGGUUUUAUAUGUUUUUGAUGUCCAUAUUGAAGUUGGCCCUUAGUUUUCUGCCGUAUGUCAAUCCGAUAAUACUUAAUUGGCUGAUAUCCUAUAUGGAUAAAAACAAUGAUGAACCCGUAUGGCGGGGCUAUCUGUACGCGUGUCUUAUGUUUUUUUCCCCAAUGCUCGAGUCUAUACUAACCGGUCAGUACGAGUUGGGUGUCGGUAUUAUCAUACUUAGGAUGCGAUCCUGUUUGACAAAUGCUAUCUACAAAAAAAGUCUUCAACUAUCGAGUACUGGACGUAAAGAUUUUACAAUCGGCGAAAUUGUCAAUCUGAUGGCCAUCGAUACAUCGAGGAUCAUUGAUUUUGUCCAAAUAAUUAACGAUACCUGGUCAUCCCCUUUACAAAUUGCCAUUGCUAUGUAUCUAUUGUGGCAACAAUUGGGUGUAGCAUCGUUAGCCGGUUUGGGUGCAAUGGUACUGAUAAUGCCGAUCAAUGGCUACAUAAUCGGCAAAAUACGUUACGUAACCAGUCGUCUAAUGAAACAUAAGGACAAACGUAUUAAAUUAAUGAACGAAAUACUAAGCGGUAUUAAAGUAUUGAAAUUGUAUGCCUGGGAGUCAUCAUUUGAUGAACAAGUGAUGACAAAAAGAGAUCACGAAAUCAAACAGUUGACUACCAGAGCCUAUUUUCAGGGUGCUAUGGUCUACAUAUUUAAUUCAGCACCAUUUUUUGUAUCAAUCACCAGUUUUGCCACUUAUGUAUUGAUGGAUUCAUCCAAUAUAUUGACCCCACAAAAAGCAUUUGUAUCCCUAUCCCUAUUCAAUCAAAUGCGAUUUCCACUUAACCUAUUUCCCCGGCUGAUCUCAUUUUACGCUAUGUUUUCAGUAUCAAUCAAACGUAUCAAUAAGUAUAUGUCUGGCGAUGAAAUCGAUAGCCAAUCCAUAACACACGCUAAGGACAGCGACAAUGCCAUCGUUGUGGAUAAGGCAUCGUUUUCGUGGACCAAAACUGAUGCCCAAUCACUUACGGAUAUAUCGCUAACUGUACCGAAAAACAAAUUGAUAGCCAUUGUCGGUCAGGUAGGCUCUGGUAAGUCGUCGCUAUUGCACGCAAUGUUGGGCGAUAUGUUCAAACAAAAAGGUCAGAUCAAUAUCAAUGGCAGUAUUGCGUACGUACCUCAACAGGCAUGGAUCCAAAACGCAUCCCUCCAGCAAAACAUUAUUUAUACCAAUCCGAUGGAUGAAAAAAAACUCAAUACCAUCAUCGAAAACUGUGCUCUGGUUCAGGACAUUCAGAUACUGCCCGGAGGACAGACCACCGAAAUCGGCGAAAAAGGCAUCAACUUAUCAGGCGGUCAAAAACAAAGAGUAUCGAUGGCCAGAGCUUGCUAUUCGUCAGCCGAUAUAUAUCUAUUAGAUGAUCCAUUGUCGGCACUGGACGCCAAUGUUGGCAAACAUAUCUUUGACAAAGUUAUCGGACCUAAUGGUAUGCUUAAAACUAAGACCCGAGUUCUGGUGACACACAAGAUAUCGGUUUUGUCGAAAUGCGAUCAAAUCCUAGUCAUGAAAGAUGGCUUUAUAUCAGAGUCUGGCACUUAUAGGCAACUAUUGGAAAACAGAGGCGAUUUUGCCGACUUUCUUCUAACGCAUAUCAAUGAAACAGAUGACGAAGAUAUGGACGAAGAAGAGCUUCAAAUGAUUGAUACGUAUGUCCGAGCAGACAGUUUAGUUGAGGGCAGACAACGAUCGCAGACUAAGCUAUCGGAAAGCGGUUCCCAGACAUCAUCGCAAAUAAGACGCCGAACACUUAGCAAUACAUCAAAGGCUGCCAACAAACAGGAAGACAACAACAACAAGAAGAAGGAUAAUAAUAAUAAGAAAAUUGGUCGACUAAUAGAAUCGGAAAAAUCGGAAACCGGAUCAGUUAAAUGGACAGUCUAUUUGGAAUAUUUUCGGCGUGUCGGCUACAUUGGAUCCAUUGCCGUAUUGCUAUCCUAUGUCGGUUCCAGUGCAUUCAACAUAGCGGCCAGCCAGUGGCUGUCCAUGUGGAGCGAUGACUCCGAAGAUCCCGAACUUGUCGACGAUAUUCGCUGGCGAAAUAUACGACUGGGCGUCUAUGCCGUGUUCGGUUCGGGUGAAGCCAUAUUUUUGUUGAUAUCGACAAUCAUGUUAAACUUGGCCACCUUGAAAGGCGCCCGUAUCCUGCAUAACGAUAUGCUUCACCAUAUAUUUCGGGCGCCGAUGUCCUUCUUCGAUACGACACCAAUGGGCCGGAUAUUGAAUCGCUUCUCCCGGGACGUCGAUGUCUGCGAUACACUGCUCAAUAUGAACAUCAGGAUGACAAUGGUUCAGGCAUUUCGUGCCAUAUCGGCAUUCGCUGUGAUGGCCAUCGAAACGCCGCUUAUACUGGCCUUUCUGUUGCCGAUCGGACUCGUCUAUCUGUUUGUUCAGCGCUUAUACAUACCGACAUCGCGUCAAUUGAGACGUAUAGAGUCGACUACUCGGUCGCCAAUUUACAUACACUUUUCCGAAACACUGACCGGUGCCACAAGUAUUAGGGCUUACGGAUCGGUAGACAAGUUUGUCGACGAAUCAAACAAAAGGGUAGACAUGAACAAUAUGAGCACUUUUGCCGCCACUAUCACCAGCUGUUGGCUAUCGAUACGACUGGAACUGUUGGGCUAUACAAUCAUAUUCAUCAACGCCCUGUACGCUGUCAUAGCUCGCCGUACAUUGAGUCCCGGUGUGGCCGGUCUGACGCUCAGCUACGCCAUGACUAUUACCCGAACGUUAAACAAUUUGAUCCGUGCGACCACUCAAUUGGAGACCAAUAUUGUUUCGGUUGAACGAUGUCUGGAGUAUACGGAAACACCUCAAGAAGCUUUGUGGCACAAACCUGAAUGUCAGCCGCCGUCCGAGUGGCCAGAAAAAGGUUGCAUAAAAUUUCAAAAUUAUAGUACACGAUAUAGGGAUGGCUUGGAUUUAGUUCUUCGUGAGAUAUCGUUUACAAUUAAUCCGGGCUAUAGGGUUGGUGUUGUUGGCCGAACUGGUGCCGGAAAGUCGUCGCUUACGUUGGCUCUGUUUCGUAUCAUUGAGUCGACUAACGGCAGCAUCGAUAUCGAUGGCGUCGAUACCGGUACUAUUGGUCUCUACGAUCUACGAUCGCGACUGACAAUCAUACCGCAAGAUCCGGUCCUAUUUACGGGAACAUUGAGACUGAAUUUGGAUCCGUUUGAAAAGCAUUCCGAUUCACAGCUAUGGACAGCCCUUGAGUUGGCACAUCUGAAAACGUUUGUCCAGUCGCUGGAUAACGGCUUGAGUCACGAAGUUAUCGAAGGCGGCGACAAUCUGAGUGUUGGCCAAAAACAACUGAUAUGUUUGGCCAGAGCUUUGCUACGUAAGUCAAAGAUUAUCGUACUGGACGAGGCCACUGCCGCUGUUGACAUCGAAACCGAUGAACUGAUCCAGAAGACCAUACGGACAGAGUUCGGCGAUUGUACUAUCGUUACGAUUGCCCACCGAUUGAAUACAAUACUCGACUACGAUCGGGUACUGGUAAUGGAUAGGGGAACGGUAGCCGAGUAUGACUCGCCCCAAGUAUUGCUCAACGAUAAUAGAUCUAUCUUUUAUUCAAUGGCUAAAGACUCGGGACAUGCUUGA